ACUAACAAUAAAGACACAAAGUAGCUCCUCAUUCUUUUGUAAAUAAACAAACAGUCUACGACCUCCGCUCCUGGGUGCGAUGAACAACAAUAAUAGUAGAGUACAAGGCACUAGCGGCCAGGCGCACGAACAUGCGAUGCACUUUUCAAUGAAAAUCCCCAUCAUCCGACCUCCUCCUCCGAUGCCACCAUUCAUCGGAAGCUCACCUCCCCACUAGAGUAUCUCGCGCCCCGAUUAAUCCAUCCACACGGCCCAUACCCAUGCUACGAAUAAAUGCUACCGUCUCCUUGCCCCCCGCCCCCCGCCGUUUGCUUUCUACGACGCCUGCCACCUUUGUAAACCCCAUCCCGGACGGAGGAUGGAUUAAUUGGAGCGCCGCGCGCCGCACCGCAGAGGAUGUACAGUAUCACGGAAGGGAACCCCCCCACCCUGCGUGCCUGCGACUGUGGCCACAAGAGGUCAAACCUGCUGCUGUUGCCGCAUCAGUGCCGUGCCGGUUCUAAUGCCUUUCUGUCCCGCCCGCCCCCAUUAACCCAUCCUCUCUCUUCUCUUCCCUCCUUACCCCGCUCCUCUCCUUCGUUUUUACAGUGGGUGGGUUCUUCUUGCUUUGCUCCUUGCUGCUGAUCGCGCAGGCUACUGUGGUCACAUUAUAAGGCGCCGUGCAGGGGGCGCGCAGGGGGCCGCCCGCUCCGGUCCUGCCAGCGACCGCCUUGUCGGGUAACCAGCGCGUCGCCAGCCGCUUGCUCACAUGCUGGAGGUGCUGGAGAUGACGCCGCCGCCGCAGCAGCAGCCCCGGCGCCAGCCCAGAGGGGGCGGCGGCGGCGGUGGGAGGAAGCAGCCGCUGCAGAGCAGCGUCGCGCAGCCCAAGGCGGAGCCGCCGCACCCGCCGCCGCCAGAGGGAGCCAAGAGGUGCGGCGGGAAGCGGCGCGGCGGCCGCGGGCGCGCCAGGCCCGCGGAGGAGCCGCGGCCGGCGCCGGGGCCCGUGGCGGCGGUGGCGGCGGCGGCGGCCACGCGCGCCGUCAUUGGCCCGCCCGUGCCCGGCAAGGGGCUGUCCUUCUGCCGGCGGCCGGGGUUCGGGACCGUGGGCGCGCGCUGCGUCGUCAAGGCCAACCACUUCCUCGCCGAGAUUCCCGACAAGGACCUCACCCAGUACGACGUCAAGAUCACGCCGGAGGUGACCUCCCGGUGCGUGAACCGGGCCAUCAUCGCCGAGCUGGUGCGCCUCUACCGGGAGUCCGACCUCGGAAUGCGCCUCCCGGCCUACGACGGCCGCAAGAGCCUCUACACCGCGGGCGCCCUCCCGUUCGACGCGCGCGAGUUCGUCGUCCGCCUCACCGACCACGACAGCGGCACCGGCGUGCCCCCACGCGAGAGGGAGUACAGGGUCGCCAUCAAGUUCGCCGCGCGCGCCGACCUCCACCACCUCCGGCAGUUCAUCGCCGGCCGGCAGGCCGACGCGCCGCAGGAGGCCGUCCAGGUCCUCGACAUCGUCCUCCGGGAGCUCGCCAGCCAGAGGCACGUGGCGAUAGGGCGGUCGUUCUACUCGCCGGACAUAAGGAAGCCGCAGCGGCUCGGCGACGGCCUGCAGUCGUGGUGCGGCUUCUACCAGAGCCUCCGGCCGACACAGAUGGGCCUGUCGCUCAACAUCGAUAUGUCGUCCACCGCGUUCAUCGAGGCGCUGCCGGUGAUCGACUUCGUGGCCCAGAUACUAGGGAAGGAUGUCAUGUCAAGGCCAUUGUCGGAUGCAAACAGAAUUAAGAUCAAGAAAGCGUUGCGGGGCGUCAAAGUCGAGGUUACUCACCGGGAAAAUGUGAGGCGGAAGUACCGCAUUUCGGGGGUGACUGCACAGCCAACUCAUGAACUCAUUUUCCCAAUUGACGAUCAAAUGAAUAUGAAGUCUGUCGUGGAGUAUUUCAAGGAAAUGUAUGGGUUUACCAUUCAGCAAUCACAUCUUCCUUGCCUUAUGGUUGGAAACCAAAAGAAGGCAAACUAUCUACCAAUGGAGGCCUGCAAGAUUGUUGAGGGUCAGAGAUACACAAAGAGGUUGAACGAAAAGCAGAUCACAUCACUGCUAAAGGUUACAUGCCAAAGGCCUAGAGAAAAGGAAAUGGAUAUUCUACAGACAGUCCAUCAAAACGGAUAUGACCAAGAUCCUUACGCAAAGGAAUUUGGGAUCAACAUAAGUGAGAAGCUAACAUCCGUUGAAGCGCGGGUCCUUCCUGCACCUUGGCUGAAAUAUCAUGAUGCUGGAAAGGAAAAGGAGUGCCUGCCACAGGUUGGUCAAUGGAACAUGGUGAACAAGAAAGUGAUCAAUGGGGGCAAGGUAAGUCACUGGGCUUGUAUAAACUUCUCAAGGAGUGUUCAAGAAACCACUGCACGCGGAUUCUGCCAAGAGUUGGCACAAAUGUGUCAAAUUUCGGGCAUGGAAUUCAACAGUGAACCUGUGCUUCCAAUAUAUUCAGCUAGACCAGAUCAAGUAGCGAAGGCACUAAAGCAUGUGUAUAAUGUUGCACUACACAAACUCAAGGGUAAAGAACUUGAACUUCUUUUGGCCAUCCUCCCAGACAAUAAUGGAGCUUUAUAUGGUGACAUCAAGCGUAUCUGCGAAACCGAUUUGGGCUUGAUAUCGCAAUGUUGCUUAACGAAACAUGUUUUUAAGAUCAGCAAGCAAUAUUUGGCAAAUGUCUCACUAAAAAUCAAUGUUAAGAUGGGAGGAAGAAACACCGUGCUCGUGGAUGCGCUAAGUUGGAGGAUUCCGUUGGUCAGUGACAUACCAACUAUUAUAUUUGGUGCAGAUGUAACACAUCCUGAAACUGGGGAGGACUCUAGUCCAUCCAUUGCUGCAGUUGUGGCUUCUCAAGACUGGCCGGAAGUUACAAAAUAUGCUGGAUUGGUGUGUGCGCAGGCACACCGACAAGAGCUCAUUCAGGACCUUUACAAAACAUGGCAUGAUCCUCAGAGAGGCACCGUAACAGGAGGCAUGGUCAGGGAACUCUUAAUAUCAUUCAGGAAGGCCACGGGACAGAAACCAUUGAGGAUAAUUUUCUAUCGGGAUGGCGUUAGUGAAGGCCAAUUCUACCAAGUUCUCCUUUAUGAGUUGGAUGCUAUCCGUAAGGCUUGUGCGUCCCUAGAACCAAAUUACCAACCUCCUGUAACGUUUGUGGUGGUUCAAAAGCGUCACCAUACAAGACUGUUUGCAAACAAUCACAAAGACAGAAGUAGCAUGGACAAAAGUGGAAAUAUUUUACCUGGAACUGUUGUUGAUUCGAAGAUAUGCCACCCAACGGAGUUUGAUUUCUACCUCUGUAGUCACGCUGGAAUCCAGGGAACAAGUAGGCCAGCUCACUACCAUGUCCUCUGGGAUGAGAACAACUUCUCGGCAGACGAAAUGCAGACGUUGACAAACAACCUUUGCUACACUUACGCACGGUGCACGCGCUCCGUUUCCGUCGUCCCACCUGCGUAUUACGCGCAUCUGGCUGCGUUCCGGGCGCGGUUCUACAUGGAGCCGGAGCUGUCGGAGAACCACACGUCGAAGAGCUCCAGUGGGACGAAUGGUACCUCGGUGAAGCCUUUGCCCGCUGUGAAAGAGAAGGUGAAGAGGGUGAUGUUCUACUGUUGACAGAGGGACUAGUUUUAACUACUCACAGUUAUGUGCCUAACACUGUAGAAUUUAGCACUAGAGGGUUAGGUUAGCUUUCUCCCGGAAAGGAAGAGAAGAGAAGAUCAUUUCUGCAUUUUGGACCCCUGAAGAAUCUCUCGACUACCUCUGUAAAGUAUUCAGAAAGCAUGUAUAAUAGUAGUUCUUGCUUGGGUCAGAUGUCAUCCAGUUCCUGAGCA